AUGCUUUUCUUAAAACCUAACACCAGGUUGUUUGCUGUCUCUGUCCUGGAUCCAGUGAGGCCUCUCCCAGUUCUACCUGACCGCCUCCCCCCCUCUCCCUCCCUGGACACAUGCGUCUCAAAUGGUCCCCUUGAGUCUGGAUCUCCCGCAGUUAUUAGCCCUCUGCCCGGUCGCCUGGAUGAGCGCUCGACUAUACAGUUUGUCAUCCCCCGAAAAGACAGAAUUCACUCACCCUCCCUCACCCCCCCUGUCCCCCACCUGCCUCCUUCACUUAUGAGGCUCUUCAUGGAUGAGUUGCGUCGAACUGAGCGGCCUUUUCUUCGCCGUCACCGAGAUCCAAUCAGCCGUACAACGCUGCACUUAGCAAUAACAUGGAGUCUGCUUCACGAGGCACAGGUCCUGUCCCAGUGUCCACUAAACCUGGGUUUGAAGAAAGGAAUGCACUGGUAA